AGAUGCAAGUAGAACCACGAAGCUAGCAGCGCCCCGCAAGGUACACUCUGCGACGCGCAAUGGCGACUCCACUGUUCGUGCUACUCUUGCUGGCCAUGCCACUCUUCAGAGGAUCAGACGGGGCGUGGUGCGUGUGCCGGCCGGACGUUGCCGACGCGGCGCUGCAGAGGACGCUGGACUACGCGUGCGGGCACGGCGCGGACUGCGCCUCCGUGCUCCCGACCGGGCUGUGCUACAGCCCUGUCACGGUGCGCGCGCACUGCUCCUACGCCGCCAACAGCUACUUCCAGCGGAACAGCCAGUCCAAGGGCGCCACCUGCGACUUCGGCGGCACCGCCAACCUCACCGACACAGACCCGAGCUCUGGAACCUGCAAAUACCCUGCAACCCCGAGUGCCGCAGGGACAAGCAAUGCAACUGGCUCGGGCACGUCGUCGCCAGGCUCCAUGAGUGCCCCGACAACGCCCAGCACGGGAGGGGGCUUCACGACACCGGUCACCGCGUCUGGCCCUGCUCCCAGCGCCCUCAGCACUGGCACUGCCGUUGCGUUUGUUGGUAGCCACGUCCUCCUCGCCGUUGUCUCCGUUCUAGCUUUCUUGGUGAAGUGACGUGCUCAGAAGGCAGUCGAGCAGCGUCAAGGAGCUCUCUAGUCCUAUUGAACCGGCCGGUUGUACGAAGGGGGCUUUGGUGUCGUGGUGGAGAUUUGGCUAUCGUUCGUUCUUCAGCUUGGAUGUCUGUCGCAGUUGUCAUGUACUUACGCCUCAUGUUUAUGGAUUGAGUUCGAUUUCUUUACCUGAACUACGGGUGCUGGACUGCUGGUGCGUUUCAUGUCUCCAUAA